AAACUUCCUUAACCUCCUUUAGAGAUCAAGUGUAAAAAGUUACAAAAAUGCCCCCGAGGAAAAAGAAAACCGUUGCAGUUCAAUCCAAUUAGAUAAUUAUUGAAAUAUAAUAAGACAGCUCCCAUGGGGAUAUAGACCUAUUUAUUUCAAUCGUUAUAUUUAAUACUCGACACAUUUCAUUCUAUUCUAACACACGUGGUUAAUUGUUGUCAUUUUAUAACAGCUCAUUUCUGUUGUGUAUUAUUACCCCUACUGCUUUCAGUCCAAAAUAAACACACUUAUUAUUUAGGCUUACCUGAGUGAAGAAGGAUUGGAUUCUGCAUGAGAAAUAUGGCCGAUUGAUAUUAGUUUCUAGUAACACGCGAUGUAAACACUCUAAUAACGCAGGAAUAAAAAAAAUAAAUAAAUAAAGGUUCAAUCGUGUGUUAUCCUAGUUGGUUACGGGGGGAAGUCAUUAUCCAAUGACAGUGUCCCUUUGUUCUUCUUGCCCAAAUGCACACAAGAAAAUUAUGGACCUUCAACUACGCAAAGAACCAUUGACAACCCAUUUUCUUCAGCGUCUGGGAUAAAAUACCUAAAGAAAUGUUUCAGCUUAAGGGAAAGUAUGCAGAAUAAAUAUGUGCAUGUUUUCUGGCUAUAUACUUAUAUAUACUAUAAUAGGUAAUGUGUUUUUUAAAAAAAUGCGAGCGAACACUGGAUGAAAGAUAAUCUGGUUCAGGUGGUGACUGAGACGUAAAUCUUUUCUCAGCCCAUGUUGUUUUCAGACUGCUAAGGGUGGAACCCUUUGAUUUUUUUAUUACUCAACUUAGCUGGGGUUUGGAGCCUUUUAGGGGAUAGAACAGGUAUGCAGACACACACAUGGAAAACACACACACACACACACACUACCCCUUACCUACACAUAUCUUCACUUCACAUUCUUUGAUUGUCCAGACAGAAACAGGUCCACUAAGCCAAAUGUAGCUUUGCAAAUCACAACCAUUUCCUGUACUGUAAUGCUGGAAUUUUUGACCUAUUACAAUUCUGAGGACCCCCCCAAUGUUUUCAUGCGGUGUUUCUAUCUGAGGAAUGUGCGUAAUUCCAAAUAAGUCCACGAGCCCAAGGACGUCACUCGGUUACAGAUUUUGGCGGCGUUACGUGACUUAGCGGGUACGCUUGAAACACAUAGUUCUGCAGUAAGCACACAUCCAUCUGUGCUCCCUGCUGCACCCUCUGCUGGAGAUGAGUGGACGUCCUAUCAGGGACAGAAGGAUGGUUCUAUGGAUGUGAUAUCACUGCAUGCAAAUAAUUCCCUUUAGGGUAGCGAGGGGGAAUGCCGAAGAAGACAAGGGAGAUGAAUCCAGGUCGGACGCUUCAGAAGGGAGCCGGCGUUCUGAGAUUCUUUCUCGCAUUUUAAGUGCGGAAAGUGCUCCUGGGCCUUGAUACUCAGGAAGAAGCUACAACUCCAGCCCUUACACAAGGUGUAUGUGUGAGCAUUUCCCGUACGCAGCCUCCUGCGUCUCUUCCUGUGGGAUGUUUGGCUGUGGUGCUGUUGCUCAGUUGGUCCUGAGUGAAGGAUCGCAUGGAAUGUUCCUAACAGUGAAUUUCGCAUUUGGUUUCGCUGCCACACUUGGGAUUUUGGUGUGUGGCCAGGUUUCAGGUGGCCACCUGAACCCAGCUGUGACCUUUGCCCUUUGCAUCCUGGGUAGGGAACCAUGGAGGAAGUUCCCUGUUUACUUCAUAUUUCAGACUGUGGGUGCCUUCCUUGGAUCUGGAAUAAUAUUUGGCAUGUAUUUUGAUGCACUCUGGGAGUAUCGGAAAGGCAGUCUGAUUGUGUUGGGGGAAAAUGCGACAGCUGGAAUAUUCGCCACGUAUCCGUCCAAACAUCUCAGCCUGUUUAACGGCUUCUUUGACCAAGUGAUUGGCACAGCAGCGCUGAUCGUGUGUAUACUCGCCAUUGUGGACCCGUAUAACAACCCAAUCCCACGUGGGCUAGAAGCCUUCACUGUAGGCUUCGUGGUUUUGGUUAUUGGCCUUUCUAUGGGAUUUAACUCAGGCUACGCCGUGAACCCCGCCAGAGACCUCGGACCCCGAAUCUUUACCUCACUUGCAGGCUGGGGCGGUGAAGUCUUCACGGCAAAUGAUUACUGGUUCUUUGUUCCGAUCUUUGCACCAUUUAUCGGUGCCAUGGUGGGCGUUUUGGUGUACCAGCUGAUGGUGGGAUACCAUUUGGAGGGCGAAGCCCAAGACAGGGAAGAAGCAGUGACCCGCGAAGAGAAAGAAAGACUGAAGUCAUGCAAAGUGUCUGGAUAAAAUCCCACUUACAAAUCAUCAGCUUUUUGUUGUUGUUGUUGUUGUUGUUGUUGUUGUUGUUACAGUCAUUUCUUGCAGUCUGAAUCCCAGACGUUAUGGCUUUCAUGUUCGCUUUGACAUUAAGAUCUCAUAUUUCCUCUACUCUCCAUGCUAAAUCCCAGACAAUAUAACUCCCAUGUUUUCGUUGGCAUAUAACGUUUGAUUGCCUUUGUAUAGUCGUCUGAUAGUCACGUCCUACCUAAAUCCCAGAAUGUUUGCCUUCUCUUAUUCACUGCGUUUAAUGUAUAACUAGACAAGUCUAGACAGGGCUAAAUCCUGCACUAAAACCAAAAAAUCCUAACUUCUGAUAUAUUAGUGUUGUUCAAGACCAGUUGAGUCUUAAACACCAAUAAGAGCAAAGCAAAACUAUUUCAAACAUGUGUGUUGUUCCUUCAUAUAUGUAUUGGAAAGAAUCAGAAACUUACAGUAUUUCUCCUUCAAGCGUGUUGACAUACUUCAUGUGUAUAAUUAAGAGCAACAAGAAGGAAGACUAGGGCCAGAACAAGAUAAUAACUUUAUAUCAUAAAUCUAGUACAAACAAGGCUUUCAUAAGAAGACAAAAUUAGAGAAGCAGAGUAAUAUAUAUGCUUACGGUUAGAAUUUCACCUUGACUGGAGCAUAUUCCUAAAGAUGACCUCCAUCUCUACUUUAUAUAUAACUUAUUUGAAUUAAAUGUAACAUUCAUUAUAAGAAGGAAUAACAGGAGUCCUAAAUUCUCAGUUGUUCCUAAAUUGCUGUCAUUACUUUAAUGUUAUGCUGAAUAUGUUAUGUUCUUCUAUUCACUUUCUAUUCGUCUAUUUUUUAAAAAAUAUUUUAAUAUUUUUAGUAUUAAUAUUAUCCAUUCGUGUAUUUGACAUUUUUUUUUAACUGUGUGCAUAAUUUAGACGCUUUUUUUUUUUUUAAUCUUUCAUAUAUGUAUCUACAAAGGAAAUGUUGAAUUAUUACUGCUCAUAUUUUUCCAGCUAAUAUUUGCAUUCCCUUUCUUUCACACACAACGAUGUAAGUUGUAAAAUAAAUAAAAACGACCAGUUUCGUCAUCUAAAA